ACUGCAAGUAACCCUGACACAAUGAAAGCGGCAUAUCUUGUUAUAGUUUUGUUGUUGUCUGACAUAACUUUAACAUCAGGGGAUGAUCCCAAUUAUAUCCUUCUGGGUGGUUCUGGGGUUGUUCUUGGAGUGAUUAUGUUGGCAGUGUUUCAACGGCUGGAAAUGUUAUUGCCUUUUGAUCCUAAACGUUUGCAUAGAGAUUUAAAUCAAAAUCUUUACGGGCAGCACAUCGUGUCAGAUGUUGUACUGAACGCUGUAUCAUCAUUUAUUUGUAGAAAUAAGCCGACCAAACAGCUCGCGCUCUCGUUCCACGGGACCACAGGAGUGGGAAAAAACCACGUGGCAAAAAUCAUCGCUAGAAACAUUUAUCAAAAAGGAGAGCACAGCAAACAUUAUAUCACUUUUAUAUCAGGGCAUCAUUUUCCACUCAAGGACCAAGUGGACAUGUACAGUGAACAACUAAAGAAGCAGAUCGGGUAUCAAAUAUCAAGUUUUCCUCUGACUAUGUUUGUAUUUGAUGAAAUGGACAAGAUGAAUCCACAGCUGGCCGAAGCAAUAAAACCUUUUCUGAACUUCGUACCUUAUGUAAAUGAAGUGUCAUACCACAGAGCAAUCUUCAUUUUUCUCAGCAAUGCAGGAGGGAAUGUGAUCACCAGCACUGCUGUAGACUUCUUGAGUGCAGGGAAAAGCAGAGAAGAAAUACAGAUGAACAGCAAAGGAAUGGAUGCUCAGAUCCAUCAAAGCAUAUUCAGUUAUGAGAGCAGUGGAUUUUGGCAGCUGGUUGAUCACUUUGUUCCUUUUCUGCCUCUGGAACGGAAACACGUACGGCAAUGUGUUCUAGCUGAAAUGGCCAGUCUGAAGAUCAGUGUACAUCAUCACCCUGAUCUGGCAGACAAAGUGGUCAGAGAGAUGCCCUUCUUCCCCCCGGAGGAGAAAUUCUUCUCUAUUAAAGGCUGCAAGUCAGUCAGACAGAAGUUGAUGCUGCACAUCAAUGAAAUGAACAUCAUUGAAUGACAGUGGAACAAACUUCACGUUUCAUAUUUUAUAGAGAUACUUCUUGAGAUA